AUGGCAGAAUUUGUGCGUGCGCAAAUUUUCGGCACGACGUUUGAGAUUACGUCAAGAUACUCCGACCUUCAACCUGUCGGCAUGGGAGCAUUCGGACUAGUCUGCUCGGCUCGCGAUCAGCUUACGAAUCAGAACGUCGCUGUAAAAAAGAUCAUGAAACCUUUCAGCACCCCGGUGCUCGCGAAACGAACCUACAGGGAACUGAAACUCUUGAAGCACCUCAAGCACGAGAAUGUCAUAUCGCUCAGCGACAUCUUCAUUUCUCCCCUGGAAGACAUCUACUUUGUUACAGAGCUUCUGGGAACCGACCUGCACAGGCUCUUGACAUCGCGACCUCUUGAGAAGCAGUUUAUCCAAUAUUUUCUCUACCAAAUCAUGGUACGGCAGCACACUGAACAAGCUCUUGAUCCUCAAAUGACGGGCUACGUGUCUACUCGGUACUAUCGAGCACCCGAGAUCAUGCUUACCUGGCAAAAAUAUGACGUUGAGGUAGAUAUCUGGAGUGCAGGCUGCAUCUUUGCCGAGAUGCUCGAGGGCAAACCGCUCUUCCCGGGCAAGGACCAUGUCAACCAAUUUUCCAUCAUCACAGAACUGUUGGGCACACCUCCAGACGACGUCAUCAACACCAUCGCAAGUGAAAACACCCUGCGAUUUGUUAAAUCACUGCCGAAACGAGAGCGUCAGUCGCUCAAGCACAAGUUUAAGAACGCAGAUGCUCCAGCCAUCGAUCUUCUCGAGAGCAUGCUUGUGUUUGACCCUAAGAAGAGGAUAACAGCCACCAACGCUCUGGCACACGAAUAUCUUGCUCCGUACCACGAUCCGACUGACGAGCCAGUUGCCGAAGAAAAAUUUGACUGGAGCUUCAAUGACGCCGACCUACCCGUUGACACGUGGAAGAUCAUGAUGUAUUCCGAGAUUCUAGACUAUCACAACGUGGAGGCAGGGGUUGCCGCCAUGGAGGGUCAAGAGUUUAACGGCCAAUAG